UGUACAGUUUCCAAUUGAAAGAAAGAAAUAAAAGUGAGGUUAUUUAUCUGUCAAACGAGUACACGACGGUAUGACUUUCGAAAUUUGAUUUCAAAAUUGACCCUGAGUAGAGUCAAAAAAGUAUAAACAAAAAUAGUUAUGUUACAUAUUCGGCCCGUAAGCGUUUGAGAAUACAUAUUGCAAAAUCAAUUAACGACAACGACCUUCGAGAUGUCGACGUCGACGACGACCGUAGCCGAGCGUGCCGAAAACGCCAAACUGCGAAUUUUAUCCGAGGGAACGUCAUAAAAUGCGCGUUAUUUACCUCGAACUGGUGUAAACAGACGCGCGCGCGGAAAGCCCCCUAAAUAAUACGCAAUUGGCAAAUGCCGCCCCUGUUUUAGUGAAAUUUUUUUAGUAAAUUUUUAAGGUGGUACACGUUCGGUAGAGGAGACGUGAGUUUUCCAAACAAAGACGAAUCCUUGUUUUCAUUGGUGCGUGAUUUUCGUUUUAAAACAGACAGAACCGUGUUAAAAUGGAAUAUUUUAAAGGCCUCUAUAGGAGGUUUGCGAACACCGAGGUGGUUAAGAAAGAAGACGUUGAAAUGACCAGGAUGAACGCCUAUUUAAAUGCUGUCCAUAAAAUUGUUUUUUGGGAGGAUCCUGGAUUGUCUUGGGCCGUUUUAAGUGCAGUUCACGUGUUAUUUUGGGCAAUCGUUUAUUUCCAAUUCAAAUUAUAUGGAAUCCUAUUUUUUACUAUUUUAAUAUUAUUUAUUGCCGACAAUUAUUUUGAGAGGAUUGGACUCCUAGCUACUUCUACACCUUCUGCUGACACUAUACAAAAAAUUAUUAUUUGUUUUAAAAAAUGUAUUGGUUACUUUCAUUAUUUUCGUGCUCAUAAUCCACCUACAUUUGCUUUUAUUAUGUGUUCCUUCUUUGGAAUCUUAACCUACAUUUCAAAGAAAGUACCUGGUUAUUUUUUGGCGUACGUCAACAUAUUAGCUGUAUUUUUCUUACCGCUUAUUAUUUCUAAGCUACCUGAAAAGUACAAGAAAGGAAUUAGUUGUGCUAUGGUUCGGAUUACUACCAAUGAAGGUGUUGUAGCUGAACAUGAAUUAAUUCCAUACAUAUCAGAGAAAGAUUUAAAUGACAAGGACGAAAUAGAAAGUGUAUUAACGGAUAAAACUGUUGAUUCGAUAACAAGUUCAUUUAUAAGUGGAAUAAGUACAAUGCCGUCCCAUAUGGAAGGUGAAGGUAGCGUCGAUGGUUUAGAAGAAGACGAUCUUCUUCCAACACAACAACCAAAACCUCGUGGUUCUUUCACCGCUGUUGAUAAUUACUCGAGCGAUUCAGAUUCGGACAGUAAAGGUCUUCAAUUUGAAUCGGGCCAUUUUAAAGAUAGUUCUUCUGAUGAAGAAAUAAACUACACCGUGGGACUACAAUUUACUGACGAUCCUUUAGGGGGGACGCAAACGAUUGCGAGAAAUCUAGCCUCAGGAUUGUUGAGUAAUUUAACUUCAAUGGGACAAGCAUUAGUUACGAAUGUGCUGACUCAACAACUACAAGGUACUCAAGAGGAAAGGCCUCGAAGGCACGAUAGCGAUAGCGAUUUUGAAUUUAUUAAUUCGGACGAAGUUGAUAUGAAUUAAAAUUUUUUUUUAAAUAUGAUGGAGAGGAUAUUUGUGAUAAAUAUUAUUAUUAUUAUUAUAUACAUGUUGCGCCAAAAUUAGUGUAGUAGUUUAUUUAUUGUGAUUUUUUCUUGUUUUGUUUAGAUUUAUGGUGUACUUUUUUGUGUUUUUUUUUCUUGCUCUCCCCUUGUAAAACUCCUUUCAAUGUAAAAUUUUGUUGUGGUUUUUAUCGACACGAAUCAAAAAUAUGGAUAAGGU